ACCAUGGGCCAAGCCUCAAAAUUCUUCAGUUCCGUGGUCUCCCCCUGGGAAGUACUUUAUUUUGUCCUAAAUGAUCAAUGGACAUGUAUCUAAGAACAAUGGUCAAAUGUUCCCAACUUUUGGCUGGUACAUUUUUUCACAAUUUUGAUAUAAAGUUGCAAAUAUCACUGUAUGUAGCAGACAGCCAUUCUGCAAUGAUGAUGUCAUAGCUGUUCCUUAAUUGGCCAAUCACAGCUGGGGUAUUAGAGCUCAUAGUGCAAUUGACCAAUCACAGUCCAUGUAUUCUGAGUCUUGGUUCGCAUGCACUGUCUGUAUGUCUAGUCUGCUAGUGCACCAUGACCAUGGAGUGUUGCAUGCACAUUGUUGAUGGCGAUUCGACAAAUAUUAUCUCUUUUUCUGAGACAAGCUGGAGGAAAUUUGUUAUCAGUGUUCACCAGUGGAAGGAAUUUGACAUUAAAGAAGGUGUUAUUGCUACCCAUGCCAUUGAAAAGUAUGAUUUGGAGCUUGUUUUGUCUCCAGAUAUUCUCAAUGUGCCUCCUCAAACUUUGGGUUACCAUCGCGCAUGUUACAUGCGAUUUACCGACAAAACUAAGAUCGAGAGGGUCAGGAAGAAGCAAGAAAGAUCAGGACAUGAAGCCACAAGAACCAACGAUGUUCCACUGGAGGCAGAAGAUUCAGGGAUAAAGCCACCUUCGAAGAUCCGACAACUUCGACCGAGGCAGUCGGAUCAGCAUAGUGUUCAGCCAAGGGUUCGGCAUAUUCUUCCAGUGCAGUGCAUAAUAUGUAGGAAAGACAAAACAACUUGUGAUCAUUUUACAAGGAAAAGAAGGAAGGAGAAAUUAACUCAAUGUGAAACAAUUUCAGCAGGUAAGCUUGUACUUGCUGCAGAAAUGCGCACCGAUGAGAAGAUUUUGAUGCAGAUUCGUGGGAAGGACCCUGUCGCAUUGGAAGUGAGAUACCACUUGAGCUGUUACCAGAACUAUACAAGGUUUCUCACAAAGAAGGACAAAGAAGAAAACUCUGAGAACAUUUUGUAUAAGAAGUCAUAUGAUCAUUUUUGUAGAUCAGUUGUUGAUGUAAGAGUGGUGAAGGGUCGAGAAGUGUUAAGGUUACAGAAAUUGCUUGGAUUGUUCAAGAAGUGUGUGAAGGAGGUAGAGGGAAAAGAAAUCCCAAGUUACAAGUCAUUUAAUUUAAAGCGAAGGCUUCAAAAGACCUUUCCAUUUCUCAAAUUUCUUAGGUCUUCUCACAGUAAUGCUAGUGAUUUAGUUUUUGUUGAAGAUUUAUCUAUGGAUGAAGUUGCAGAGGACGUUGUUCAUCCAUUUUCAUCCGACAUAAGCAGUACAGAUGAGACUGAUGGGGAUACCGACUCUGACAUUCAUCAAACUGAAGGAGCUCCUCAAGUGAGAACAUCAUGUGACUUGAGACCACUAUAUCAUGCAGCACAAUCACUCAGAAGAGCAAUAGAAAGAGGUUCUAAUUCCAUUCCUCAGCCUCCAUGGCCACCAACUGCGAGAGACUUAACUGCAGACAUGGCUUUGGGAUUAGUACCAGAUGCGCUGUAUAACUUUAUGGCAUGGACUGUAGGUGCAACUAAUGAACUCCCUCCAGAUAAUUCAAGAGUGCAGGUGAAGGAUGCAAAGAAAAGUAAGAUUGUCUCAAUAUGCCAGGACGUAAUGAAUCUUGCUUCCAGCGGUAGGACGAUUAUGCCAAAGCACUCUGCUCUGGCUAUGUCGGUGAGACACCUUACUGGCUCGGCGCAGCUCAUUGGGCUGUUGAAUGGAUUAGGGCACUGCUCCUCGAACUCACAAGUCCUCGAGCAUGACACUGCCCUUGCUCAACUCCAAAUUCAACGAGGCGAGAACUUCAUUCCUCCCAACAUUUUGCCAUCUGUACAUACCACACUAGUGUGGGAUAAUAAUGACUUUGGGGAGGAGACCCUCUCCGGUAAAGGGACAACCCAUAACACCAAUGGCAUAAUCUUGCAGAGGCCAUCACCAGAGCUACUGCACAGUAACUUACUGUUGAUAGAUGCUUGUACUACUUCUUUCAGUCAUCCAUAA